AUGACGUUUUCACGUAUUUCAACGAAAGACCAGGUGGACUCGGAGCGCAGAGGCGGCGGCGAUGUCGCUCCCCCGCGGGCAGGAAAGCCCGGGCGGACUACAGCUCCCGAAGGGCUGCGGGCGGCUCCGCUUCCUGCCGCGCCGCGGGAGCCCAUGGAGCCGGCGGAGGGCGCCGAGGAGGAGCGGCCGGUGCAGUGCCCCGUGUGCCUGCGGGAGCUGCCGGGCGCCGACAUCAACCCGCACCUGGACCGCUGCUUGCAGGCCGGCGGCGCCGAGGCCGAGCCCCCCAGCAAGCGGCCGCGCCUCGCCGCCGCCCCGCCGGGCGGGCAGGCCGAGGGGCAGCCGGAGGAGGCCCGCCCGGCCGCCGCGUCCCCCGUCUUCUCCCUGUUCCGCAAGGGCCGCGGCGGCGGGCGGAGCGGCGCGGGGCGGGACGAGGCCGCCGCGCCGAGCGGGGACAGCCUGGCGCAGAAGCUGCAGGGGAAGCCCCUGGCCGAGCGGCUGCGGCCGGACACGCUGGGCAGCUACGUGGGGCAGGAGCGGGUGCUGGGGGCGCAGACGCUGCUGCGGUCCCUGCUGGAGGCCCACGAGAUCCCCUCCCUCAUCCUCUGGGGGCCGCCGGGCUGCGGGAAGACUACACUGGCACACAUCAUAGCCAACAGCAGCAAAAAGAAUGGCAUGAGGUUUGUGACACUGUCAGCCACAAGUGCCAAGACAAAUGAUGUUCGAGAUGUCAUCAGCCAAGCCCAGAAUGAAAAAAGGCUCUUCAAGAGAAAAACUAUCCUCUUUAUUGAUGAGAUCCAUCGUUUUAAUAAAUCUCAGCAGGACACUUUCCUUCCUCACGUCGAGUGUGGGACGGUGACUCUGAUAGGAGCGACCACAGAAAACCCUUCCUUCCAAGUCAACGCCGCGCUGCUGAGCCGGUGCCGGGUGAUUGUCCUGGAGAAGCUCUCGGCUGAAGCGAUGGAGGCAAUUCUGAUGAGGGCUGUCAGGUUCUUAGGGCUCCAAGUAUUGGGCCAGGGUGACCAGCACAGCACCCCUGCGACUGACAGCGGCAGCAAGAGCUCGGAAUUACCGGUGUGCAUAGAGGAGAAAGCUCUGAACACACUUGCCUAUCUUUGCGAUGGGGAUGCCAGGACUGGGCUGAACGGACUCCAGUUGGCAGUUCAGGCCAGAGUAGCAGUGGGAAGGACCACUCCUUUGAACACCACUGCCAAAGGUGGUGCUGCAGAUUGCAUUCUGGUAACAGAAGAGCAUGUAAAGGAGGGGCUCCAGCGAUCUCACAUCCUGUAUGACCGAGCAGGAGAAGAACAUUACAACUGCAUCUCUGCCCUGCACAAGUCUAUGAGAGGCUCUGAUGAAAACGCCUCCCUUUACUGGCUUGCUCGAAUGCUUGAGGGCGGUGAGGAUCCACUCUAUGUGGCAAGGAGGCUGGUGAGGUUUGCAAGUGAAGAUAUAGGACUGGCAGAUCCUCUGGCUUUAACACAAGCAGUUGCUGCUUAUCAAGGCUGUCACUUCAUUGGAAUGCCUGAGUGUGAGGUGAUUCUAGCACAGUGUGUAGUGUACUUUGCCAGAGCCCCAAAGUCUAUAGAGGUGUACAGGGCAUAUGGCAACGUCAAGGAAUGCCUGAGGAUGCACACGGGACCACUGCCCCCUGUUGCUCUGCACCUGAGAAAUGCACCAACAAGGCUCAUGAAGAACUUGGGCUAUGGAAAAGGCUACAAAUACAACCCCAUGUACAAGGAACCUGUGGAGCAGGACUAUCUACCAGAAGAGUUGAAAGGAACAGACUUCUUCAGGGAACGAGAAACAUGACUGCUGUUCUCAGAAUGGGUUUUUAUUUUAUGACUCAUACAUUUCUACUGGGAUAAAAAUUCUCCUUACAGUGUCAGCUGGCUGCUACCAUGGUUGAAAGAUUUAAGCCACCAAGCCUUCCAGAUAUUUUUUGCCUUUCUGCUUUUAUUGCUGUUGUUCAGAAGGUAUUUUGUGAAGAAUUGCAGUUAGGCAUUGUAGAAAGGCAAAAAUAAGCUUUAUCCAUAUAGUGCUGUCAGUGGUUUAAAUGAAAGUAAGAAAAAACAAGAGACUUGUGUUUCUGGCUCUUACUGUGAGACAAGAAAUAUUACUGUGCUGCUUUUUAAAAUCAGUGUCUAUUUCAGAUUUUGAGGUACUGUUUAAAAAAAAAAAAAUAGUAAAUUGUACCCCCUCCUAAAAUACUGUACAAAAUAUAAUUACAGUAAGCAAUUAUUAAUUGAGUAAUUUUUGUUCUUAUAAUGUUUCAGAGACCAAUUUUAUACGACAGUUACUAAACCAAUAAAGCUGUUACAAAUAGUGUUUAUGUAUUUGUUUAAAUACUCCUAUGACAGCAUUGUGGUUUUGAAAGUUUGAUAUCCCUUUAAUUUUAUUAUCCCUAUUUUCCAGAACAAGUUUAAUUCAUUUUGUUAAGCAGAAUAGUCCGGAAAAUGGCCACUGGAGUGAUACUGAGCUCUUUGCACCUCUCUCCAGCUGUGAUAUGACUCAACCACCUGUUCCAGCUGUCUGGAGCACACCAGUAGCAGGUGGGUAUUUCUUGACAGCAGAGGUAUUUGUGCUGUGUGGGGAUUUCUGCAGUGUGGGGCUUAGAUCAGAGGGGUUGCCACAGCCCCACAUCUGGAGCUCAUUCAGAGCAGCGUUCACAAGCCAGGAGGUCUGUGGGCUGUGAAUGCAGUGCCAAGUCCAGAAGCCAACUUUAUUCUGCUUAUUGCUCUUAAUUCUCAUGACAGAUUGCUGGCUCUUGGCCUUGAUCAAAAGUUUUGGAUAUACAGCCUCCAAAAUUUUGUGAUUUGUAUUGGAGAUUAAUUUUGUUGUGAGACUCCCUUCAUACGAAGUUCUGUGUGAUGUAAGGGUCAAGCCAAAGAUCCUGGUGUAACUGAAAUGUUUCAGAAAUUGAACCUUUUGCAUGAUUGUGUACUGUUAGAGGGUUUGAAUCAUAUUCUUUAAACUUUUAUAUGUUCUCCUAUCUUAAGUAGUUUCUGAAUUCUUUGAGUAAAGUGUUGUUCUAAAGACAAGCUUCACUUACAUACAUUUGCGUGCUUUUCUUUUUAACUCAAUUCACUUUGUUGUAGUUGGUUGGAACUUUCUUGUUGCAUGAAUUAAGAUUAAUUCAUUAGACUAAUAUUUUUAUCCUGAUGGUCCUCUGAAAUGCCUUUGGAGGAAUAAAGCAAGGUGUGAUUUUUUCUGAUGCUGGACCAGCAUGUGCUCACCUUCAGAGGGCAGCACAGGUUGGCAAAGGGUUCAGAGGUGGUGCUUCAUUCCUCAGCCUCCAAUGGAAGCAGAAAUCAUGACCCACAGGGCAGAUCCAUCAGACAGUAUUGUUUAAUGGGCUACCAAAAUACUGGUAACAAGAAGUUAAUGUUUGAAAGCCAUUGUGCCACAUGGCUGCUCUCCAAGCCAAGUACUAUCUACCUUUUCCCUUCCUCUCUGUGGUAAUUAGCAGCACUGGAGAGUGGCUGCUUGCUGCUCUCUCCCUGCUGCUAAUAUGCAUCUCUUUUAUAUCCCCUUACAGAGGGCCAUCUCCUCUCUUUGAAGAACUCCAUGCUCCAUUAAAAAGUCCAUCAGGAUCAGAUGCACUCAGAGGUGAACAUUUCACCCCACUCCCAUCUCUCCAAAACAGACCCAAGGCAAAACCAUCCAUUUCCUCUUUCAGCAAUUUAUGCAGUCUCCACGUAGGAUUGGCAAUGCUGCUUUCAACAAGCAGAAGCCAAUCUCCUUCAAAAGAACAAGAUGAAAGAAUGAAAUCUAAAAAUCACAGAGCACAUUUCUUUGUUUUCUAGAUUUUGACUACCUGAAGUUUACCCUGAGAAGCUCAUUGAAGGAUAAUUGCAUGCUAGUAUAGUGGUAUAUUUAUUUACCUUUCAAAGUGUAGAGCUUUAAGGAAAUACAAACAUUGCAGUGUCAUUAGAAAAUUUGGAUUCUAUCAGGUGACAAUUGUUUCUGGUGUAAGGAACACCAUCAAAAUCUACCAUGUCACGAUUUUUUUUUGUCUUACAGAAGUUGUGCUGCCAAGAAAUAAUGUAGAUCAUGAGAAAGGCCAUGCCCUAGCCAUUCCAUGUUGUGGAAUUCAGUACUUUGAGAAAAAAAAAUUGUACUGAUCAAAGUUGUUUCUUCAGUAGUAACAUGACCUCAUGAGAGAUUUGGAUAACCACAACAGAAAUAUCAAUUAAAUAAUUCCCCAAAUUAGUUCCUUUGCAGGAUUUUUUUAGCAAAUUACCUAGUGAAUAUUGUUUCCAGUAUUUAACUUGUUUGACUCUCACAGAUGAAAAUCUGGAUGAUGCAGCUAGCAAGGAAUUGUCUUACACCAAAUAUUUAUGUGAAAUCAUUACUUUAAUUUUAUUUUUCUUGUCCACAUUUCUGUGCACAAAAGUUGAAAUCCGCAGUUUAACCUCUGGACUGAUUUUUUUUUCUCUUUUCUGUGAGCAUUUUCUCUCAUGUUGAGAGAAAAGCACUUAACCAAAAUGAUUGCAUAUGAUUUUCCAUAAAAUGAUUUAAAAAUAUAAGUGUUUAUACGUGCUGGUUGUUUGAAUUCCCACCUGUCCUGAAGAUACAUUUUCUGGCUGCUGUGAUGAGUUCAUUAUCUGAAUUGCCAGCAGCUACCCUGCAUGUUCAGCAUGUUUCCAGACAGGCUGUACUCUCUGGGAUUUUGGCUGUAGUUUUUGUCUUUUAUUGUUACUAAGUAGUCUGGAUUGUGUAGGCCUCUUAAUGAAUAUGGCUAAUAGCAUUCAUUUAGAUCGUACCACAAGAUAAUAUGACAGAACUAGCAGUUCACUACAAUGAAAACAGGAAACCCAAACCAAAUGCCAAGUUCUGAUUUCAGUUGUACCUUUUUAUCUCAAUAGGUGCAAGGGAACUGAACUGGUCUUAUUUCUGUAAUAAAUCAUAGUAAACAACAACCUGAUCAGGUUUAUGUACUUUAUGAGGAUUUUGGUCAUGUGUAGGCACGUACAAACAUAGAACAGCAGAAGUAUAACUACACAUGCUCUGAGUUAACUCAUCUGUGUCAAUUUAUCUGUAGUAAAUUUAUCUCUAGUAUAAGGUGACAUAAAAUGUAGAGAUAACUGUCUUCCUUAUCCACACUAUGGUAUGUAUUUCCUAGGAUGAGCAAUUUCAGCUGUAUGAAUCAGACAAAAAGCAGGCAAUUGGUGGUGGGUGGUGGUGUUUUUUGUAUUUAAAUCAAAAACAAAAGGCUUUCCUAGGAAGUCGUGUUAGCAGAAGUACAAAGUCUGGAUUACUCAUCACAGCACAGUGAACAAAUACUUCUCAGAGUUUUGUCUUGUUAUAUAAAGACUGGUCUGCUUAGGAGAGGCCAAAAUGGAGAGGAGGGGGAAAUCCAGCCACUGUAAUCCUCUAUUUCACUGGAAGAAACUCAUAUGUUGUCUACUCAAACCAGCAGCCUGUUGCAAAUUGGUUUUGAACAGGGACUCAAGUACUCAAUGUGCUCAAGAAUUUACCAGUUCCCUCCCAGGAAGUUUAACUGCAGUCAGGCUGACUUCUUAAUUUUGCAUUCCUAAGGGUUAAUAUAAACCAAAGAUUUUUGCAAGCAGAAUAUUUUUAUGUGGUGCGUGUAGAUUUAUGAAUGCUGCUUUGCUAAGACUAAGGCUAAGUUCCUGAUUUUAUAUUGAGACUUCUAAUGUUUCAGUCUCUCAUCUUGUAUCUCUUUAACUCAUUAAAAUUACAUUUUCUACCAUUUUACGCAGUUAAGACAUCUCAAAAUUACCCUGCUUUGAACUUAGUGAGGGCUGUGUUCAUGCAGUAGUUCUACAAACAAAAUCCUUCUCAAGAGGAUAGUUGAAGCAGCAUAUUAUUAUUUAGAAAUGUGAAUACAGAUAGCAUGCCAGUUUUCUCUGCUGGAGUCAGCCCUUGUCAAUCAUUUGUUCUGACAAGAGCACAGGAAAAAAGCAUGGAGUAUUAUGGAAAAACACAAUCAUCUUAUUGUGGGGCAUAAAUUAUGGUAGGGGAAUAUUGGCCAGUAGGGUUGCUGGGUUUUUUGAAAUGGUUGAAUGUGAAGCUGAUUUUAUUGAGAUUCUUAUUGCUGAGGUUUUGUUUUGUGCACUGUGUCUGUAGAAAACCAAUCUUGUCUCAAUGUAAUUGAGUUACAGUUCAGUUACUGAAUGCUGAUACCAACACAAUAAAUACAGACAGACAUCA